UUGAAGUCUAUAUAACCAGGUACCGUCUGUGGCUGUGCUGUUGGCGUACUGCGGCGAACUCAGCUCUCCAUUACGGCAAGUUGCUCAAACUCAACGCAGGCUCUGUGCAUUACUCUGAGUUGACAAGUGAUUUUAAGGGAAACGGAAAAGAUUUCAGCAUGAAGCUCCUGCUUGCAGUCUUUCUCGGCUUGCUGGCCGCGGUGUCGUCUUCUCCAGUGAAGUCGCUCGAGCGAGACUUUGUCGUGUAUUCCUCGGACCUCGUCAAGAAAAUCAAUUCCAUGAAUACAACAUGGAAGGCUGGACCCAACUUUGCCGGUGAGACUGCUGCGUCGGUUCUGGAUCGGCUCAGCACACCAGGGUUGUCACUGGAGAAAGCCCCCAAAGCCCACUUACAAGUCACGCACGGUAGAGCUGGUGCACCGCCUGCAGAAUUCGACGCUCGUACUCAGUGGCCACACUGCCCGUCCAUCGGUCGCGUCCCUUCCCAAGGCCGCUGCAGUGCAGCCUUUGCGCACUCUGCUGUGGGUGCCAUAACAGAUCGGCACUGUAUCACGUAUCCAGGCUUACACUGGAAUUUCUCUGCUGAGGACGCCCUGACCUGCAUCACGCCGACUGUAUUGAACAAUGGGUGA